ACAUUUAGCCAGUAUGCCGUCCAGAGCACAUCCAUGAGUACCAGCUUACAGCGUACUCCCUAUACGCUGCAGUAUCAGUAGGGCUGCAAACUAACGAUAUUAUAGAGUAUUUGGAGAGGCUUAGUAAGAGCGCACUUCCUCGAGGAAUUAUUGAGUUCAUCAAGGUUCCUGAAGACAUUGGGGAGUUAUAUGGAAAAAUGGAUGGAGAUGACGAAGAAGAUGCAGAAAUUCGGAGCCUGCAACUUCUUACUUUCGAAAUCAAGCAGGUGCGUGGAGUUUUUCAAUAG